AUGCUGCAUUCUUCGGUUCCUAUUAUGCCUAACCUUCUAGAGCUUGAUCUUUCUGUUAACCAGUUUAAGAAUAUUGAGGAUGUUGGAAUCUGGAGACAGUGUCACCUGAAACAGUUGUUUGCAUUGAGGAAUCCUUUUGAAAUAGAAAGGAUUGACCCACCGCAAAACGUUUCAGAAUGCUCCCAAUAUGCUUUGGAGCGGUUGGAUUUAAGUGGGUGUUUGAAUGGUACGAUUCCAGAAGCACUUGGAAGACUAACCAAUUUGAGAGUCUUAAGUGUAUGGAAUAGCAGUUUGACAGGUCCAAUCCCCGAAUCUCUAGGAAGAUUAAGAUAUUUAGAAGAAUUAUAUUUAUCUGAUAACCGGUUAAUCGGUCCCAUUCCUACAUUCCUUGGGAAUCUUUGCACACUUGACCUUUCUUAUAACCAAUUGAAUGGUUCAAUUCCAGAAUCCUUUAGAAAUCUUGCAGCUUUAAAAUCUUUGUAUCUAGGAUCCAAUCAGUUAACAGGUCCCAUCCCAGCAUCUCUAGGAAGACUUGUUUCCUUACAAGCAAUCUCGAUGUCUUCAAAUUUGUUAAAUGGGACUAUUCCCGUCUCAAUUGGGCAGCUUGCCAAACUCAUUUCACUAGAUAUCUCAGUCAAUUCCUUAGAAGGAGUAGUUUCCGAAGCCCAUUUUGCUAACCUUUCCAUGUUGAUGUACUUGUAUGUUUCUUCUAACACCAAGUUAACAUUCAAUGUUUCAUGUGAGUGGAUUCCUCCAUUCCAAUUGAGAAUUCUUCAACUCGGUUCUUGCAAUAUUACAAAUGGAUUUCCGCAGUGGCUUCGAAAUCAAAGGGCACUUAAGGUGUUAGUGUUGUCCAAUGCUUCAAUUUCUGGACCUGUGCCCACAUGGUUGCGGGAGAUGCCUGUCAUUUAUUUCUUAGAUCUCUCUCACAACAAACUCAAUGAACCUUUGACAAACCUUCCUAAUGGAAAAAAUGUCUGUGAGAAAUAUGUGGUAUAUGUAGAGGCAUUAAUACUAGUAAAUAACAUUUUCAACGAGUCGAUUCCAAGGUCACUGUGCAGAAGGACAGAUUUAAGAUAUCUUGACCUUUCCAGAAAUAGGUUAACAGGGAGAAUUCCCAAGUGUCUCCAGAAUCUCCAAGAGUUGCAAAACCUGAUAUUAAGCUCGAAUCUGCCUUCAGGUGUCAUUCCAAGCCAUAUAGGUCUCAAGCAUUCAUAUUUGUAUUGGUUAAAACUGAACGACAAUAAGUUCACUGGUAAACUUCCCCGAGAAUUGGGAAAUUUACGAUCUUUAAGAGUGUUAGAUGUGGGUGAUAAUCAACUGUUCGGAAACAUACCCCAUUGGAUCGGAGAAAAGCUGACAGAUUUGAUGGUUUUAAGAUUACACGGGAAUAAAUUCACUGGGGAAAUUCCAGAAUCUUUGUGCAAAAUGUCGAAACUUCAAAUUUUGGAUGUUGCAUACAACAACUUAAGGGGAAACAUCCCUCAUUGCCUACAAGAGUUGAAUGCAAUGGUGAAGGGUGCAGAAAAGCAGUAUAAUGUCAUUUUUGAUCUCAACGAGAAUGUGAUUCAGGUGAUGAAAGGUGUUGAUCUUGAAUAUACAACAAAUUGGGAUAUAGUUUUCAACAUGGACCUUUCAAGCAAUAAACUUGUUGGAGUAAUACCUGUCGAGCUAACUGCACUUUGUAUGUUGUUGGGUCUCAAUUUGUCCAAUAAUCAUCUCAGUGGGAUGAUUCCAGAAAGCAUUGGAAACAUGAUGAAGUUAGAAUCUCUUGAUUUAUCUGGAAACGAGUUGACCGGGAUGAUCCCUCCAAGCAUGGCAGAUUUGAAUUUUUUGAGUCAUUUGAAUUUGUCACACAACAACUUGUCAGGAAGAAUUCCAACAGGCCAUCAGUUGCAGACCCUUAAUGAUGAUCCAUCAAUAUAUGCUGGGAACAAAGAUCUCCAUGGACCUCCAUUGCCAAACAAUUGCUUAAAUCAUCAAGACCCAACGACAUCAGCUCUCAAGAAGAAACAUAAAGCAGCUGGCAAGUUGAUGAAGGUAUGGUGGUUUUACCUGGACAUCAUGAGUGGAUUUGCAACAGGGUUUUGGGGUGUUAUUGGAGUUCUGCUGUUGAAGAAGCACUGGAGACACAAGAUUUUCAUGUUUGCUGAGGAAACCAUGGACAGGAUAUACAUUGCAGUCGUGGUAACAAUUGCCAAGAUGAAGAGAGGAAGAGAAGCCGCAUAG